AUGAGUAAAGGUAAUUAAUUUAGUUUUUAUGGACUCGCUUUAACAUUUUUUCCCCCUCUUGAUAUAGCGAAUAAACAUAACCUGUAAUAGCUUAUGGCAGCAACGAAUACCAGUAACAUUAAGAGGGUUAAUAUGUAAAUUUAGAAGCUGUUGAAUAACCUUAAUUAAAUGAGUAGAAGUUUUCUUUUUUUCACAAAAUGA